AUUAUUUUCUCUUAUUCAACGUUCAACAUUUUCAUCCCUUCAACUACCUUGGAUCAUUGGCGGGCUGAUUCAAUCAAAUAUUCAAUACCCAACUUACCCCUUUAUAUAAAGCAAUUGAACCUUCCCCAUUUCCCACAUAACUCUACUUCUGUCUUAAAAAAAACCUUUGCAUCUGCCUGUCUUAGCAAGUCAAAGCAUUUCUUUCAGGGAAUUUGUAAUAAAAAAUAAAACAUAGGAAAGGUUUACAUUCGAGUUUGGAGAAGAAAGAAGUGUAUUUCAAAGUCAAAGGCAAAGGAUAUGGAGCCAAGCCAUGAGAAGGAAGAGAAGCUAAAGACCAAAUCAAUGGAGAAGGAAAAGCUAAUGCAUAAGGAGGAAAAGGGAGAGAAACAUAAAGAGAAGGAUAAGGACAAAUCGAAGAAGGAGAAAGAAAAGAAGAAGAAGAAAGAGAAAUAUAGAGAAGAAGACGAGGAUAAUGAAGUUGGAGAGAUGAAGAAUACAUCAGAAGAGAAAAAAGUUAAGAAGGAGACGAUUCACAAAGAUGAUGAAGCCGGUGUGAACAAUGAGAAGAAAAAUAAAAAAGAUAAGGAAAUGGAGAUGAAGAAAGAAGGGAUCAUAGAAGAAGGCGAAGAGAAAGAUGAGAAGAAAAAGAAGAAGAAAGACAAGGAAGAGAAAGAGAAAAAUAAAGAAAAGAAGCAUGGUAUAGAAGAAGAUGAGAAGAAAAAGAAGAAAGACAAGGAGGUUAAGGAGAAAAAGAAAGAAAAGAAGUUGAAAGGUGAAGAGGAAGAAAGACAAUGAGGCAAAGGAUGAUGAAGAAAUAGAAGAGAAAAAGAAAGACAAAGAGGUAAAAGAAAAGAAGAAGAAGAAGAAGAAGAAGAAGAAAAUUAAGAGAAAGCAAACAUAUAUGCAUGUAGUUUAGCUUCAACUAUGGGGGUUGAGACACUAUUUUCAGUUGAAACUUAAUAAAUAUUUUUAUUAAUGAUUUAA